AUGCAGACUGCGACCACCUUGACAGGGGUCUUCUGGAGGAGCUGUUCAGCAGCUGCUCUUCUUUUCCUCUUGACAGCAAUUCCAGGUGGGCAUGGUGCCAAGGUCGCCCUACAGGCCCUGCAGUCCAAGAGGUUGGCCACGGGGCUUGACAACACUCAGAGCUCUGCAAGCGCAAUUUUUGCAGACCUGUCUUCCCUGGCCUUGUCGAGCUCCUUGACCAUCGGCCAGAAUGCCACCCAGGCCAGGGACUCUCUCAAUAAGAUGGAGUCCCUGCUCCUGAGCCUCGGGCGCCAGCCGACGACUGACAGCAGCAUGGUCGAGACGGCGACCAUGAUCGGCAGAAUCUUGGAAGACAGCAUGAAGGCAGCGAUACGAACACAGCUGGCGCUGCAGCAGAACAGCCUGGAGACGGCUGUGGGAACGAUAAAUGCAUGCGCUUCCCAUCUGAAGUACAAUGAAGCCAAAGUGCUUCGAGACCAAGUGCCCGGUCUUGCGGCUGAGCACCAGCAAUGCCGACAAGAUGAGGGCAGAAAAGCCGAGCUAGUCGACGAUUGCGAGCAAUCGCUUGCAAAUCACAAGGCGUCCCAUGCUACGGCCAGAGUCGGCUGCGAUGCGGUCAUCGAUUAUCCAAGUGGAGGUCGAGGGCUUUGCAACAACCGGGUGGGCAGCGUUGCCGACCACUACCGCAGCCUCCACACCUUCUGGGACGAGUAUCUCAAGUGGUAUGAUGGCAACAUGACCAUCUGCAACGCUCUUCAGGAGAAAGUGCAGAGCACCUCCACCAACUGCUCCAAUCUGUCUGCGGCACGCGAUGCCCAGCGCCGGAGAUGCAACUCUCAACAGGCGAAGUUAGAUACGACGUCCUGCGGUUUUGUCACCAGUGCGGAGUAUGGCUGCGCAGCCUACUCGCGGUGCUACGACCAGACGCUUGCCAGCUUCAUCUCCUUGAACUCGACCAUUGCCGAGGAGGAGCAAACGUUGAGACAGGAGUGGCGGGCGGUUCUGCGCAUCGAGUGCCUCCUCAAAGCCCUCUUGAGUGACAACAAGCAUGCGGCUAUCGACGGCUGCAUAGGUCGCGUCCACAAUCUGGAUGAGAUCUCCGUGAAUUAUGCCCCACCUCCCACGCCGCUUAACGAGACGUACCCACACAACACGGUGUGCAAGAAUCUGACUGACUACGUCCCGGUGACUGCAGCAUAUGCCAAGCGAUGGUACGAUGGCCUGCCGACGUCUGCGCAGGCAGAGUCACGCAUUGUGCGCUUCUGCCCGUCACAGAGCGGCGGCCAGCGGCAAGAGGUGGGGACAAUGCAGACCGCCUGCAAGGGGAAGCUCCUCAUACCGACCAGGUCCCAGGCCACAUUCAGCAGCUCCGGCGUGGUGAAUCCGGAGCCUGGACUGGACUCGGCGACUUCCUGGGCUCCCAAACAGGCCCAAGCGGGCGAGUUCCUGAUGCUGGAUCUGGGCGAAGAGGUACGGGUGGGCGGUGCCUACGUCCAGGGAGGCUCUCGGGAAAACAGGUGCCUGGACAGCUGGGUGACAACCUACAUGAUCCAGUACAGCGUCAAUGGCUCCUUCUCCAGCUUGCCGGAGGCACUACGCGGCAGCCACGACUGUUCGUCCAAGGUUGAAACGCGAUUCGACCCUCCGUUGCAAGCGCAAUUCUUGCGCUUCGUCGUGGAGUCUUGGCACGGGCAUGGGUCCAUGCGUGUGGGUAUCCUCGUUUGUGACUGA